AUCUCUGAUUUCUAUCAGCGUAUACAAACAUAAGGGUAACUAUCAGGUAUUAAACGUGAUGCGUUUUGAUUCUCUAUAUGAACCAGAAUUGAAGAAAUCGAUAAUAAUAUUGGUAGCUAACACUGAACUAACCAAAUUAAACUUGCUCACAUUUACAUAUAGUUCUGUUCUAAAUAUCCUGUGCCCGCUACUGUUGGCAAAUCUCUACCAACUUGCGAUGUCUACCGGUAAAAGUAAAUGGCAGUUGCUCAGAUCCUAACGGAAAUCCCAAAGUUUAUACACAGUGGGGACCGAUCUCUUAAAAUGCCAAUGCUUUGCUUUCAAGACUAAUAAACUUCACCAGAUUCUAGUUGAGCAGAAAGCCUUUACUUCCUUAAAGCACCAACUCCAGUUCACAUCUUUCAUACAGCUAUAGCAAUUCAGAAAACACAAGAUGAAGCUCUAUGGAAAAUAAAAGUGUGUACCAUUCUUUUUGAAGAGAUGGGAAAUUGUGUUCCGGUUCACAAGUCCAAAGACUCGGCCUCAAAACUCCGAUGCUCAAGCUAUUCGAGGACAGAAUGCGUCCUGAUUCAAAAGCCUAUUCAAGAAACCGCAGACUGUACACCGAGGCCGCAUGUGACUGGUUUUCCAGAACUAAGUGAUGAAGAGGAUGUACAUUUUUGUUCCGACCCCUGGGUAGAAUCUGAUGUUGAAGAUUUCUUCAGUGUUAACAACGAUCUUACCCCAUCUAGAAGUGAUACUCCAAUCCACAAAAACAGUGAAAUUAUAGAAGUGGAAACCCCCAACUUGAUAAACCACAAAAACAAAUCCAAGGUUCAACCGGUUAAGCAACUGAUUGAAUUGUUUAAUGAAAGCUUUGCCGCUGAUGAGGCCGGUGGCCAUCAACAGAUGCAUUAUGGGUCAGAAGCUGAAUCUUCCCUAUCUGACCUACCACGAAGUUCAGCGAAUGUAAGCCCCUAUCAUUAUUCGGUGGCAAAUUUAGUUUCGGGUGCCAGGACAAGAAAAGCUACACAGUUUGCGCAGUGCUUCCUGCCAAAGUUGGUGCAGAUCAUCAGCUUCAGUCAGAGGAAGAGAUGCUGAGUCCUUCAUAGAUGUGAAUGCACAGGCACAAGUGUUGAUCAACAGUUCACAUUUACUAUUGUGUGAUUGGAAAUAUUUUGUGUUUGUCUCCUAACUGGCUGUGAAGUCAGACUACACUCUAAGCGUUUAUUCUUGAGAUGGGUGGAACUUAUUUAGAAGAAGAAGAAGAACAUUCGUUAUAAUUUUUGUAAGAAACAAGAUUGAAAUGCGGCAAUCUAAGUUUGAUGUGUGCACCACCUUUGUUUGUAUUACUAUCCCACUUUUGGUCUAUAAACCACUCGAUUUGGGAUUCAAAACUCGUGGAAAAGAAAGAGAGAGGUUUCAUGGCCAAAAGAAAAACCUUGACCUCUUCAAGCCUUCAUGAAAGUAGCAUUAGAAACUA